AUGUCUGCAUACAGCAAAGAGCUGGAAGUGGCACAGCUCGCUGUCCAGAGAGCAUCACUUCUCACCAAGAAAGUCUUCCAUGAAAAGGCCAAAGGAACAGUCUCUAAAGAUGACGCAUCCCCAGUCACCAUAGGAGACUUUGGUGCUCAAGCACUGAUCAUUCAAGCUAUCAAAAAGAACUUUCCGGACGAUCAGGUUGUUGGUGAGGAGGAGGCAAGCACAUUAAGAAAUGAUAUCAAGCUUCGAGAUCAAAUAUGGGCUUUCGUCAAGGAUACGACACUUACGGAUGCCGACGCCGAGAGAAUUGUGGGGGGCCCAAUCGAGACCAUCGAUGCCAUGUUGGGUGCCAUUGAUGCUGGCAACAGUGCCGGAGGGAACAAGGGAAGAAUUUGGGCUCUUGAUCCUAUUGAUGGGACCAAAGGCUUCCUGAGAGGAGGUCAAUAUGCUGUUUGCCUAGCAUUGAUGGUGGAUGGAGAUGUCAAAGUUGGUGUUUUGGGCUGUCCAAACCUUCCAGUGGAUGACGCGGCACCCUUAACUGCACAAUCAGGUGUUGAUCAAACGGACGCUGAAGGAAAGGGUGUUUUGUUCUCUGCUGUUUCUGGUCAGGGUGCUACAAGCAGGCCCUUAGGGACGGCUGGACUUGGAAAGAGCAAACCCAUUCAGAUGAAGCCGGUCGAGGAUAUCACGCAGGCCACCUUCUGUGAGAGUGUGGAAGCAGGACAUUCUUCUCACGGAGAUCAACACGCAAUUGUCACAAAGUUGGGUGUGACGAAACCUAGUGUUCGAAUGGAUUCGCAAGCAAAAUACGGUUCUAUUGCCCGAGGAGCCGGCGAUAUCUAUCUCAGAUUACCAGUUAGCGCAACCUAUCAAGAGAAGAUUUGGGAUCAUGCAGCUGGAGACCUUAUUGUUCGGGAGGCAGGCGGAGAAGUUACGGAUACCUUGGGAAGACGCUUGGAUUUCAGCAAAGGAAGAACACUCCAAGAGAACAAGGGUGUGGUUGCAGCACCAAAAGCUGUUCAUGGCAACGUCCUUGAAGUGGUGAAGGAGGUUCUAGCCAAGAAAUAA